AUGAAGACGAGCCGCCGCGGCCGAGCGCUCCUGGCCGUGGCCCUGAACCUGCUGGCGGUACUCUUCGCCACCACCGCCUUCCUCACCACGCACUGGUGCCAGGGCACGCAGCGGGUGCCCAAGCCGGGCUGCGGCCAGGGCGGGAGCGCCAACUGCCCCAACUCGGGCGCCAACGCCACGGCCAACGGCACCGCCGCCCCCGCCGUCCCCGCCGCCCCCGCCGCCGGGAACGGCCCCCCUGGCGGCGCGCUCUACAGCUGGGAGACGGGAGACGACCGCUUCCUCUUCAGGAAUUUCCACACCGGCAUCUGGUACUCGUGCGAGGAGGAGCUCGGCGGGCUCGGUGAAAAAUGCCGCAGUUUCAUUGACCUGGCCCCGGCUUCAGAGAAAGGGGUCCUGUGGCUGUCGGUGGUCUCUGAGGUCCUCUACAUCCUCCUGCUGGUGGUUGGCUUCAGCCUCAUGUGUCUCGAGCUCUUCCACUCCAGCAAUGUCAUCGACGGGCUCAAGCUCAAUGCCUUCGCCGCUGUCUUCACGGUGCUUUCAGGCCUCCUGGGAAUGGUAGCCCACAUGAUGUACACGCAAGUGUUCCAGGUCACCGUGAGCCUCGGCCCUGAAGACUGGAGACCCCAUUCCUGGGACUACGGGUGGUCCUUCUGCCUGGCGUGGGGCUCCUUUACCUGCUGCAUGGCAGCCUCUGUCACCACGCUCAACUCCUACACCAAGACGGUCAUUGAGUUCCGGCACAAGCGCAAGGUCUUUGAGCAGGGCUACCGGGAGGAGCCGACCUUCAUAGACCCUGAGGCCAUCAAGUACUUCCGGGAGAGGAUGGAGAAGGGGGACAGGCACGAGGAGGAGGACUUUCGCUUGGACUGCCGCCACGAGAGAUACCCCACCCGACACCAGCCACACGUGGGAGAUUCCUGGCCCCGGACUUCUGCACAUGAGGCACCAGAGCUGAACCGCCAGUGCUGGGUCCUGGGGCACUGGGUGUGA